GGGUACUCAAACUUGCACCUCAACAUCAUGGCAGUUGAUACACGACGCAACCACCGUUCCUGCUCAAGGACCCCUUUCUACGAUCCGGCAUCGUCUCUUCGACACGGUGUCCAUAUAAAUCAAAAGUAAAGACCCGACAGACGUGUUUUGUCAUUCUAUACAUUGCUAGGAAGCUUUGGCUGCGACCCAACCACACUGAUAUGCCAAGUUGACGGACACAGAUACGUUCGACGAUGUGCGUUUCAGCGCCAGGCUCGCACUUUAUGCGUAGUGCUCUGUAUCAACUUGUAUGCCGUGGCUCUCGCCGCGUACCGACAAUCAUCACGGAGCACCGAAACCGCUUUCACCUGCCUGGCGUUGCAGCCGUACGUUCGCAAAGCUUCCAUGGGGGCUGUGAACUGGCUUUUGCAGCGCCGAGAACGCCAGAUAUCCACGCUUAUCCCAAUCUCGAGCGGCGCAUUUCGUCUAUUCCCAUUGAGCGCUAUCGUAAUUUUUGCAUCGUUGCUCACAUCGACCAUGGUAAGAGCACGCUCAGUGAUCGUCUCCUCGAGUUGACUGGGACGAUUUCUGCCAACGCUUCGAACAAACAGAUACUGGAUAAACUGGACGUGGAGCGCGAACGUGGCAUCACCGUCAAAGCACAGACUUGUACAAUGAUAUACAACUACAAAGGACAGGACUAUCUUCUACACCUAGUCGACACACCAGGGCACGUUGAUUUCAGAGCCGAGGUAACGAGAUCAUAUGCAAGCUGUGGCGGUGCACUGCUGCUAGUGGAUGCGAGUCAAGGUAUUCAGGCUCAAACUGUGUCCAACUUCCACCUCGCAUUUGCGCAGGAUCUGGCAUUGAUACCCGUUGUCAACAAGAUUGACAUGAUCUCUGCCGACACUCCUCGUGUUCUUGAGCAGAUAGAGUCGUCGUUUGAGCUUAACCCCAAAGAUGCCGUGCUGGUAUCGGCAAAGACUGGUAAGAAUGUUGCAAGUAUUCUACCCCAAGUCGUGGAGCGCAUACCUGCUCCUGUAGGAGAUUCGUCAGGCCACCUUCGCCUACUCCUUGUUGACUCAUGGUACGACAAUUUCCGGGGUGUCAUCUUGCUUGUUCGUGUGUUUGACGGUCAGGUACAAGCUGGUGAUCAACUCGUAUCACUCGGGACUGGUAACAAAUACACCGUAGGCGAAGUCGGAAUCCAGUAUCCUAGUGCCGUGCCGCAGAGCGUCCUGCGAGCCGGACAGGUAGGAUAUAUUCACUUCAACCCUGGCAUGAAACGCAUUCAAGAUGCCAAGCUCGGUGAUACAUUCACGACGGUUGGGAAUGAGGAUUCGGUUGUGCCAUAUCCAGGCUUUGAAGAACCCAAACCCAUGGUGUUUGUUGCUGCUUUCCCAGUGGACCCGAAUGAUUACAGCCGUCUAGCUGACAGCAUCAGCCAGUUGGUGCUGAAUGACCGCAGCGUGACCUUACAGAAGGACUUCUCUGAGGCCUUGGGGUCCGGCUGGCGGCUUGGAUUUUUGGGAAGCUUACACUGCUCUGUUUUUCAAGAUCGUCUCCGCCAGGAACAUGGUGGAAGUGUGAUCAUCACAGACCCCACUGUGCCUACAAAGGUGGAAUGGCAAGAUGGCACCGAGGAAAUUUUCCAGAAUCCGUCUGAGUUCCCAUCCACUGAUGAUCAUCGCAUGCGCGGCGCCACGACGUACGAACUUUUUGUUACUGCGACCAUCACUCUACCUGAGGAAUACCUUGGUCGAGUAAUGGAACUGUGCGAGAGUAUGCGGGGGGAGCAGAAAAGCCUUGACUUCUUCCACACCACCCAAGUCAUUUUGCGUUAUGAGAUCCCCGCGUCUAAUCUGGUCGACGACUUAUUCGGCAAACUCAAAGGUGCUACAAAGGGCUAUGCUACAUUAGACUACGAGGACGCUGGGUGGCGACCCAGCCAGCUGACCAAGUUGCAGCUUCUUGUCAACAAAGCUCCAGUCGAUGCUAUCUGUAGGGUCAUUCAUGUGUCCCAAGCUGAGCGACUGGGCCGUCAAUGGGUGACCAAGUUCAAGGAACACGUGGAUCGGCAAAUGUUUGAAAUCGUGAUUCAAGCAGCUGCCGGCAGGCGAAUCGUGGCCCGUGAGACAAUCAAGCCAUUCCGAAAAGACGUGCUUGCCAAACUCCACGCAAGUGACAUCACCCGCCGACGGAAACUCUUGGAAAAGCAGAAGGCGGGCCGGAAGCGUCUUCGCGCCGUGGGAAACGUGGUCAUUGACCAAUCUGCAUUUCAAAGUUUCCUGGCGCGAUAAUGGCCGUCUAGUUCUGCCCUGUGCUGCUACAUCAUUCAGUUCGAUGUGGCAGUCCGAAUCUCAUCAUCCGGAAGAUGAUGACCAAGUUCUACUACGUCAACGCAUGAUUUGCCAAGUCCACCGCGGAUCGUCGCGGCCCAUUGCCUCAGCUGCGGCAGCUGCCUUGGUUCAGCUGCUGCGACGAGUUCGAAGACUCGGAAAUCGCCAUUGAAGAACGAGAAGCCUGUCAGACCGGCGCGAAGGAAACCGGAAUGCGAAACAACAAACACAAUCUUUUCUGGCCUUGCCUGAAGAUUUCUCAGCCCAGUCUCGGCCCGAGCUAGGAUGGCACGCCGUGUGUACGCAUACGAGGCUGCACCGUCAGAAGUCUUAUCGGGAUAGACGGGAUCCAUGGUUGAAAAGUCAAUAGUCGGAAAGCGUUCCACGAGGGUAUCAAUUGUGCUUCCUGUGUCACAUGGCUUGAUGGAGUUCUCUGUGUCACUGUCAGUCGAUGCGGUAAGAUCAAUUGGUCAACAGAAAUCGGACAUGUCACACCUUGCCAAGUGGCGUCAGCCCGGAUCUGCACGCCUUUGUCGACCAGCCAGUCUAACGAGAGCAACGCGGUCUGCAUUGUGCGUAUCAUGGGGCUUGCGAUGAUUGCUGCAUCUUGCACGUCGCCAAAAGUCUCCAAAAGACUCGAUCGAAGCUCCUGACACUGAGCCAGUCCUAGGGUAGAUAGCGGGGGAUCCGGAAUAGUAUAGUUCUGUAUCCGGGGUCAGAAUAUACACGCUGUGAUUUCUUCG